GUGCGGUUUUGGAGUUCGUUGCGUCUGGUCGAGAUCCCCCAACCAUCGAUCGCUUAUAAAGUUGUUGCACUGUGCGAUUCGAUCCGAUCCGAUCCGAUACGAGUUCGAGUUGAAGUGUGUUCGCGUAUGCGAGAGAGGUGUCCGUCUGCCUCCGUUUCAGAGUGCUUUCAGUGCUGUGCUGUGCUGUGCUGUGGCAAGGAUUAUAACACAUCCCUCUGCAAUUAAUUGAAACAAAAUCGGGCCUUAGCCCAGAUAAAACACUCACACACGAGCUAACACUCAUACAUGUACAAUCAAUUAGCCAUGCUGGCAAUGAAGGAUAAACCUUGGCUGGUGCUAUUUGGCCUAUUGGCCGCAUUAAGCUGCCUGCCCAGCCCCAGCGAUGCCGCGUAUCCGUAUUACGGCACGAAGAUCGGGGCUCUAACACGUCUGCACCAUGGCGUUUCCGGCGAUGUCUAUGCAGUGGACUCGCGCACGAUUUUCAUCAAGAAAUUCAGCUACGACGGCGAGGCCCCGGCCGCCUACUUCUACGUGGGCAAUACGGCCCGGCCCAGCAACGAGGGCGCCACCCGGCUAAGGGACGAGCGCGGCGGCACAGCCUCCCUAACGCGCCGCUACCGGAACAAGGACAUCACCCUGUCGCUGCCCGAGGGCAAGACGCUGCGCGACAUCAAAUGGUUCUCGGUGUGGUGCGACGAGUUUGCGGUUAACUUCGGGGAUGUGGCCAUCCCGGCCAGUCUGGAUUUUCCCCGGCCCCAGAAGAUUAGCGCUCUGCGCGGCGUCCACGGCGUGUCCUCCGAGAACAUUGUGAUCGUGGAUGCCCAGACCCUGCUGGUGCCCAACUUCAGCUAUGACGGCGAGGCGCCUGAUGCCAAAUUCUGGGUGGGUCGGGGACAGCGUCCCACGCCCGAGGGGCUGCGCAUACCCGACGAGAACGGCAAGGAGAAUCCGCUGCGUCGCUACGAGCGCAAGACCAUCGUCCUGACCCUGCCCGAGGACCUGACCAUCUUCGACAUCGGCCACUUUGGCGUGUGGUGCGAGGCCUUUACCGUCGACUUCGGCCACGUCCGCCUGCCGGAGGGCCUCAAUGUGCCGCCAUCGCUGAAGAUGCUCGGCAUCAGUCCACAGUCGAAACUCAACUGCGAGGUGCUCUACGACGAUCUGGCCUUUGAGGUGCGCUGGGCCGUGGCCGGGGAGAGCAUUGUGGUGCAAUUGGUGGCCAAAUUGGAACCGAACAACUACAUGUCCUUCGGCAUCUCGCCGAACAAGAACAUCAGCCAGAUGAUCGGAGCCGAUGCGGUCGUAGCCUGGGUGGAUCCGGAGACGGGCAACGGCUUCGCCCAGGACUACUUCCUGGAGGGGAAGGCCCAGUGCUCCGGCAGCCGCGGUGCCUGUCCCGACACCAAGAUCAUGGAGAAGACCAACUCCAUCCGUCUGCUGAAUGCCGCCAUGGUCAAUGGCUACUCGAUUGUCACCUAUCAGCGCUCGCUGGCGGCCACCGAUCGCCUGGAUCUGCCCAUCUCCGUCACGGACGCCGAGUCCGUGGUUUGGGCCAUCGGACCCCUGAACGACUUCAAAGAGGUCUCCUUCCACACCUUCUACAACAAACAUCUGCAUCAGAUCGAGUUCGGUCGGCAGCCCAAGUGGAACUGUCCCCUGCCCGAGGGCGCCAAGCCGGGCAGCAGCUCCGACGAGCAGGAAGAAGCCGCACCCCAGGCCCAGAGCUCAACCGGAGGCAAAGGAUAUCCACCCGCUGGACACCCCAAUCUGGAGCCCGAGGAGGAGUUCUACGAGAAUCGUGCCGAGGCUCUGCAUCGCCAGCAACCUCAGAGGCGCCAGGAGACGGCCAUCAUUACGCAGCGACGCCCGGUGCCCACACCCAAGCCCGUAAACAGCAACGGGGCCUGGGACAUUCCGGCCAUCCAGUGCCACGAACCGGAGGAUGGCGUCUUCUAUGCCCAGAUGGGUCCAACUGGCGGAAAGCAUGGCUAUCCAGCCAUCACGGGCCACGUUGGCUGGGGCAUUUCCUGGUACAUCAACGGCCUGCUCAUCCCCGAAAUCCAUGUGGUGCGCGGCAAGACCUACACCUUCGUGGUGGAGGGAGGCAACAACCCCGACAUCCCGGCCAAAUACCAUCCAUUCUACAUCAGCGAUGAUCCUGUCGGCGGCUACGAGCACAAGCGCGAGGAGGAGAAGAAGGCUGUUCGCAUAUUUGCUGGAGUUCAUCGCUCGCGAUCGGGUCAGGUGACGCCCACCGGCGUGGGCCGCCUGUGCAACUGGACCCCGGAUGUGGAGGGACCGCCGGCAGAUGACUACCAAUCCUUCGGGGCCUACCAGCGCACCCUGACACUCAAGUGCGAUGCUGGCGAGCCAGGGGUGAUCAGCUGGAAGCCGGAUAGGAACACACCGGACACCGUGUACUAUCACUGCUUCACCCACCGCUAUCUGGGCUGGAAGAUACACGUGCACGACUCGUGCGAGGGCGAUGUGGGUGGCCAGGGGGCAGCCUCCGAGCAGCACGAGAUCCGUCUGCCAGCGGCUGCGGCCGAACCGGCGCCCGUCCACGAGGACUAUGCCGCCGAGCCAUCGAUCCGACACGAAACCCAGGUCAGCCCCAACGAUAAUUUUUUAUUGAAGCACCAAACCGAUUUGAUUAAGAACCACAAUAUGAACGGAACACCGCCUAAACUGAGUUUUGAAAUAACGAAAUCUUCGGAAAUAACCAAACUGAUUUCAGAUGGCAUCCGCGCUGCUGAGGCUCUCGAGGAGAGCCUUCUAAGGAAGCACCCAAACUCCAACUCCAACUCCAAUCCCAGCCCCAACCCCCACCAGAACGAAGUGAACUCGGGUCCCCAUCCGCCGAUACGUCCUAAAGACCACCACCUGAUAACCAUCAAUGGCUCUCGAUUACCCCCCCAACUAGCCACCGUCCGGCCCGAGAUACUGCUCGGCGAAACCCAUUCUCAAAAAUCAUCUGCAUCCGCAUCCGCAUCCUCAUCUGCAUCUGCAUCCCCCUCAUCGUUGUCGUUACCCACUCACCCGAAACUUCCCAUCUUUGCCACUGGCCCACAUCUCAUACACAACUCUCACUUGCACUUGCACCGCCUGCACCAUCCGCAGCAUGCCCCACACCCGCCCUCGAUUAUAAGCCCCCAUCUGCACCCGCACACGCACCCGCAUCCACUGCAUCACCACAAUCUAACGAGUAACCUUCCAGCGCUCGCCCAGAAAACCAUCGGUCUGUCCGAGUAUCUGCGUCCGCCGCAGAAUGCGCCGCUCUUCCAUCCGGUGAAGCUGCCCGGGCGACGGCCCUAUCCCGGUCCCAUCAAGAAGGUGCCCGCCUCCAGGCCCAUCCUUCCGCAGCAGCAUCCCCAUCCGCAUCCGGCAGCCAUCCUGCAGCAGUCCUCGCUGAUCGUGAACCACUAUCGCAAGCCCGUUCCCAGUCUGCUGAAGCCGUUUGUCAAGGAGAAGCCCUUCCCCCUGCAGCCCAUAGCCGCAUCGGUGCUGCUGCUUGGACAGCCCACGGAAUUGGGGGCCAGCGGCCAGCGUAAGGCGGAGCACGCGGAACGAUCCAAGCCGAAACAAAAGCCACAGUCUGUCAUCCCUGUGCCAGUGCCCUACAUAGACCACGAACCGCAGGGAUCCCAACAAAGCACGGCCUUUUUUAACCCCCACUCGAAACCGGAGCAGAAAUCCAACCCGACGGCUCAGCCAACCACCAGCACCACGACGAUCCUCGUCAAGCGGCCCCUGCAGAAGGAGCCCUCGCCCCAGGAGAUUGCCAGCAUGCGACCAGCCGUCAAUCAGGGUUUCAAGCCCGAUACCGUAAUUGUGGAGAGUGGGUUCCGGCCGAUUAUGCGGACCGAUGGCAGCGGUGUGCAACUGCCGCCGGAGCUGAUCGAUCAGGUGGCACAUCGACGCGAGGAUCCAGGCACCGAGAUCGAUGAGGUAAUGGAAACGGACACACUCUUCCUGGCAGCCCAGCAGGGAGGAAGCGAGACGCAGAGCUUCGAGCCCAUGUUCAUACCCUCUCCCCUGGACAGCACCAAUGCCUCCAUUCAGAUGAAGAAAGCGGUCACAGAGGCAGACGUGGAUGAGGCAUCGGCACUUCGAUUGCCAUCGGCAGCAUUGGAGCAUGCUCUGCCCUCAGCCGCCCAACUGCGCAAGCCGACUUUAGGGGAAUUGUUCGGUGAGGAUAUGGACGAGGAGAUGGGGGGUAAGCUCGAUGACGAGGAGCUGGAGGAGGAGCCGGUUUUGCCGUCCAAGAAACCAUCGACGGCAGCCGUCGGUCUAUCGAGCACCACUCAAGCGAUAGUCACCCCGGAGCAAGAGCCAGAACACGAGGUCUUCGACGAUGACAUGGCCAGCCUUUUCGGGCCAGACUCGCAGGAGGAAGAACUUUAUGCGGAUGAGCUGGAGCCGGAGGAUAAACUGGCGGCGGCCGCAGAGCGCAUCGAUACCUACUACCUGCCGCCGGACAACCGAAAGAUACCCCACGCCGGCCUGCCCAGUGGGGCGCUGUACACCUUCGAUGGCAAAAGCGUGGUGGACGGGUCCCUGGUGCUGCCGCCCAAGCUGGAUGCUCGGGACAAUGGCCUCUUGAGGCACUCGCAUUACGGGCUCACUCCUCUCGAGCAGCUGAUACGGACAACGCCGCAGUUUGGUGCAUUCCACGGCGAACUGCCGGAGGAGUUCCAGUCAACGGAGAGUCCUGUUCGGCCUGGUGCUCAGCCCGUGACAGAGUACUCCAAUCCGGUGCCUUUCACGCGCACCAGUGCCUCCGUUUUUCCCAGUAGCAGCAGUAGCAGCAGCAGCACCACCACCACCGGAAGCGGAAGCACAAUCUACCCGCAGUCAUCGACAUCGACAUCGUCAUCGCCAUCCCCAUCAUCCUCAUUGAGACCCAUUUCCACCAAACUGCACCUAAUCACGUCCGACAGCAGCAGUCGCAGCAGCAGCCGCAGCCACAGCCACAGCACGUAGGGCAUGCAAUAGUGAAAUUCUGAAAUUAGCAUAAAGCUGCGAGCAGUUAACCAUUUUUGGGGUUUACUUAUAACCACUUAACAUUUAAACCUGUAUUAGCCUGUAGUUUGUCUUUUCUUAUGUGUUUAAUUAAUAUGAUGCUCUUAAUUUUAAACGAAACGCAUGAAUUUUAUUAGCUAAGCUAAACGAUAUGUUUAAACCGCAUUUUAGUCGUUGUGAAAUAAAACAAAGAAGGAAUUAAUUCAUUUGAA